ACAGUUGCUUUGUUUAGAACAGUUCGGUUCGGUUGAAUUUGGCGGCAUUGCGUAUGUGUGGUGUACCGGCAGCAAACACAAACCGUUUUUCAGAGCGGUUGAGGGAAAAAACAGUGAAAAACUCAUCAAAACAUGGAGAAAAUGAAGGCAACCGCCGAUAAGAAGCUGGUGGUGAUGAUAUCCAAACUGGACCUGGACCUGGAGAUGGUGAAAAUGGCUCUGGAGGAGAGCAAUCUGUGCAACAGUGCGGUCCAGCUGAGCCGUACACGAAACUCCAAAGCACCUAAAAAAACCUUCGGAAACAUCACCGUGAUGUCUGUAGCGGUUGACGAAAAUGUCUCCGGAAACAACAAAUUGACGGAACACACGGUCACGGCCGAAGUGGUGGAGUUGGGGAAGUCGGUACGGCGCCAGAAGCGACAGGGGCAGCAACACACGAUCGUGAUGAAAUUUAAGGGCAAUCGGCAGUUUUUUAGCUCCGUCAGCUGCAUCAAAUGCACAGUGGAGAAGGAGUGUAGCGCCAUUCCGACCUUCCUGUCCCUGGUACAGCACCAUCAGCAGCUGCAGAAUGUACCACCGCCGGCGGAAAACGAUCAAAACAACAGCGUAACCGUAGGCCACACGUCCAAGAAGCGCUUGGUCAACCGGGAGUUGCGCGUGCUGUUGCAACGACUCGACUUAAACAAACAAUUAUUGGCGGUACCGGCAGCUACUGCUGACCCACCUUUGCCGUCCGUACUGAAGAAGGUCCAGAAGCAGCCCGGUCUCAUCACACCGGAACAGGUGGAAAGGGCACGCCAGCUGUCCAUGGUACAGCUGAUCCGCGACUUCUCAGGCGACAGUGUGGACGAAUUUCUGCGCUUCUGCACCGAACGUAUGGCCGGCGCCGAUGGCGAUGUGUGCGACUCCAUCCCACUGCUCACGAUCGAGCAAGCCGACACGGAUCUGUGGCACGAGCUGCGCAUCGGUCGCAUUACCGCGUCCCGCAUGCACGAAGCAUCCCGCUGCACCAUGCUGAAUGGUUCGCUGAAGAACAAAGUUAUGGGCGUUUCGUCCGGCUUUUCCAUGGCCAUGAAGCGGGGCACCGAUCUCGAGGGGCACGUGCUGGCCGAGCUGCGCAAACAGUAUCCGGGGUUGCGCGAUACGGGCCUGAUACUGGACCCGGCCUGCCCGUGGAUGGGCGCCUCACCCGACGGUAUCUGCGACGAGUUUGUGCUCGAGAUCAAGUGCCCCUACACCGAGCGAACGCACGAGUGCUACGUGGACGUGGCGAAGCUGUCCCCGAAGUACUUUGCGCAGAUACAGCUGCAGAUGCACGUUACGCAUCGGCCGAAGGCGCUGCUGGCGGUGGCAGCGCUGGAUUUUGAAACGACGAGGCAUAUUACGCAGAUUUGGAUCGAUUACGACCGGGCGUACGUGGAGGGGGUGAUGGAGCAGGCGUACGAGUUUUGGUGUAAGGCUAUCUUUAAGGCGCUGCUUAAAAAGCGAAGCAGCAAAAAGUGAGCAAAUAGGUACUCCGAACGAAGCAUAGAAUUUGUUGAAUUAGGGGUUUGUUUCUAAUUUAAAUUUAAUUAGUAUUAUUAUGCGCUUUAAAGGCACGUUGGUAUGUUACGAUGAACUAUCGCUGUGUUAAGCAGCUGAAUUGAAUUAGCGAAUAUUUAAUGAAUUAAUAAACACAGACUCAAGCGUAAUUGAAA